UAGACAAUAUUUCAAAGCGGAAGCGAAAAUCGUAGGUAAUUUUGCGUUUCUACGAAUUCGAUAUCGGAACGAUGGUAUACUGAAUCGAGAACUAAAGGAGCGGUAUGAAUUUCUGAUCAAAGCAUCAUGUCGACGAAAAGAUGCAACAAAUUUGGAAACAACAACUGUGGUUAACUUACUUGUAACAGAUCAGAAUGAUGCAAAACCAAUAUUUGAGAAAGAUGAAUAUCGAGCUGAAGUAAAGCAAAAUAUAUCACCGUUUACCACCAUCCUGCAGGUGCAAGCAUCUGAUGCAGAUAUUGGUCUGAAUAGUCAAAUUUAUUAUUCAUUAGUGGAAUGGUCACUUGAUUUUAUGGUUGAUCCGAUUUCUGGUGCUGUCCGGAAUUUACGAUUCUUAGAAUCUGGCACCUAUGAAUUAACACUUUUAGCGGAAGAUCGAGCUUCGAGACUAUUCCGAAAAAAGACUCAUAAUGAUGAUGAAAAUGAUCUUUUCAAUCACAAUAAAGCUAAAGCGGUGAUAAUAGUAGAGCCAGUGGAGAAGAAUGCACAAAAGUUAAGGGUUGAAGUGAAACCGAUAUCAGCCAAUUUAUGGAAUGUUACACAAACAGUCGCAAUAGCGAGAAUAGAAGGAAUGACAGCAAAUGCAGUUGCCAAGUUAGAAAUCGUCGAUAGUGAAUAUGCUGGCGCUUUUGUCGUAAAAAAAGAUUCAAGCGGUGAUAAUGUUUGGCUAAUUGAAACUGUCGCUGGUAUUUGGCUACAACCUGACUGGUUUAUUCAACUGAAAGCAAUUGCUGUUGAUGAUUUUGUAAAAGAUCUGAUGGCAAACAUAAGUAUACAACUGGUAGGCAAACAAUCGAUACAGUUUGAAAAUUUAUCAGUUAUGCAAAUUAUUAUCAACGAAUCGGUACCAUUAGGUUAUGUUAUCACACAACUGAAAGCUCAUGUUGUAAAUGGUUUCGAUGGAGACGAUGAGCAAAUAAGGUAUUCAACUUCAAACGCUGACAAAAGUCUGCCUUUCUCUGUUGAUGAGAAUGGCGGACAUUUAAGAUUAAUCAAAUGGCUUGAUUACGAAAAUGUGUCACUGUAUCGUUUUGAAGUUUUUGCUAAGAGGAUUGGAAAUGUUGUGUUUCAGCUUUUGGACAGUACUUUGGAAGCAAAGAAGGAGGUUGAAGUAAUCGUUGUAGACAGUAAUGACCAUUGUCCAACUUUUGCUGCGAAAUGGGCUCGAGGUGAUCCUAUUGCUUUUCCUCGGAAUUAUCCGCUCAACAAAGUGUUGUUCAAAGCCGAAGCAUUGGAUAUCGAUAGUGGCGCAAAUGGUCACAUCCGAUAUGAACUGCUGAGUGAAACUCCUACCACUACGAAAAUCUUUACUGUCAACUCUGAUACAGGCGAAGUUGCAUUACGUGAGCAACCCCCAAUAAACGAAACUCAGUGGAAAUUUAGGAUUCGAGCAUCUGAUAGCGGAUGGCCAUUUCCGCGAAGCAAUGAAGUAUUGAUUAGUAUUUACAUAAAUGGUACAAAUGCACCUCCCAAAAUAAAGCCAUCGCUUCUGCGUGAAGGACAGAAUGAACAUUCACCGAUUAUCAUAAAUGAAACUGUAUUUGUCGUAUCAGUGGAUAGCUCACCUGGAAAGGUGCUGGGACGAGUUGAAGCUCAUGACGAUGAUGUUGGCUAUGCUGGCCUGAUACGAUUCGGUACUUUUGACAGAUUUUUUGCAUUGGAGCCAUUUACUGGUGAAAUUAUUCUAUUAAGACCAUUGACAGAUUUGUUGAGAAAUGCAAAUAAAUCAAAAAAAAUGAAAUACAUUAUUCAAAUAAGUGUCUGUGAUUGGGGACAGUCUAUUCGAUGUACCAGUGGAAUGAUUACAGUUCUAAUCACUGAAGCCAAUGUAUAUAAGCCACGCUUCGAAAAGCUUCACUAUCGCGUACGUAUAGCGGAAAAUACGGAAAUUGGAAGCAAAUUUUUAGAAUUAUUAGCACAGGAUAAUGAUUACGGUGAUAAUGGACAAGUUGGUUAUCAGAUAAUCGAUUCACAAAGUCAUUUUCAAAUUGGAGAGAAUAAUGGUGUUUUGGAAGUUGUAAAAGAACUCGAUCGUGAAAAAAUAGCCAUUCAUCGACUAACAGUUAUGGCAUUCGACCACGGAUAUCCGAUGAAAGUUGCAUUUGUGAAUGUUACAAUUAUUCUCACUGAUAUUAAUGAUAAUGCUCCUCUGUGUGCUGAGCCUAUUCGCAAAGUGGUAAUUCCGGAAGAUUAUCCAAAUAACGUUUUACUAACAUGCGUAACAGCAUGGGAUCCUGAUGAGGGUCAAAAUGGACAAGUAGCGUAUGAAUUUGAUAGUACCAUCGAAACGUCUGUUACGUUACCAUUCCGCAUACAAAAAGAUACAGGAUGUAUUUUUGUAAACACUGAUGAGCCAUUUGAUUUCGAAACCAUCAACCUGUACAAUUUGUCUAUAGAAGCAAUGGAUAACGGCGAACCAAUGUUAAGUUCUAUUUGUACAGUAUUGGUGGAAUUUUCGGAUGUUAAUGAAAAUUUAUUUCCGCCGCUUUUCGAUGAUAUUGCACAAGAAGCAACUGUUUACGAAAAUAUGCCUGUAUGGACGGAAGUUCUUGCUUUAAAUGCUAUCGAUCCGGAUAAUCCAAGAAUACCUGUAAAAUAUACUGUUAUCGAUGGUGAUGGAAUUAAUUCAUUCACCAUUGAUUCGGAAGGAAUAUUACGAACUUCGGUAGUUCUCGAUCAUGAAGUAUGCGAUUCUUACUGGCUAACAAUUGAAGCUCGUGAUCUGAGCCGAGUACCACUUACUUCCGUACUUCAUGUGUUUGUUCGUGUUCUGGACAGGAAUGACCACAUACCACUGUCAUUACGCCCUAUAUAUUUUUCCAGUAUUCCGGAGAAUUCACCGGAAAAUACAGUCAUCAUCAAAGUUCAGGCUGAAGAUAAAGAUAACCCUUCGGAUCGUUAUAGCAUUACGAAUAUACGCUUUAAAAUAAUUAGUGGCGAUCCUCAGAGUUUCUUCGCAAUCGAUUCUAAAACAGGUUACGUAGUAACUCGCGGGAAAAGACGUUUGGAUCGCGAAACUCAAAAAGAACACGUUAUAGUAGUAGAAAUCUGCGAUCAAGGUGAUCCAAAAUUAUGUGCCACGGUGCCAGUAGUGAUAACUAUCACUGACCUGAAUGAUAAUUCACCUUCUUUUAAGCAAACAACUUACAACUUCAAUGUACCGGCUGGUGAAAUUGGUGAAUUGUGUAGAAUAUUUGCCAUCGAUAGUGAUGAAGGACAAAAUGCUCGGUUGUUGUAUAAUCUCACUGAGGCGAAUCCACGAUUCGCUAUUGAUUCUGAUGGUGGAAUAAUUACAUCUGAAUCUCUGAAGGAAAAUGAAAGUUACCAAUUGACCAUUAAGGCAAGCGACAUGGGUCAAAUAUCACAAACAUCAUCGCCAGUUUUGGUCACUUUGAAUGCUAUUGGAAGACCUGUGAAGACAAUUGGAAAUAGUAAGCCGAAGUUGUUGAAUGAGAAUCGCUGGACUCGACUCUCGAUAUCAGAUGCUGAUAGUAUUGGUGAAACAAUUGGAGUGAUUGAGGCAGAAGAUCCAGACGGCGAUCAAUUGUGGUGGAAAAUCAUUGAUGGAAAUCCAAACAAUACCUUUGCUAUAAGUUGCAAUGCUGGAGAGUUAUACUUAGCGAAGAGUGUUGAUUUCAUCAUGAAGAAUAUCACUGAAGUGAGAUUGAAAUUCACCGUCAGUGAUGGCCUUGAUGCUACAGAAGGCAUGAUAUUGAUUGAGAUAUCUCGAAAACAUCAAAGUCGACCGGAAUUUGAUAUUCAAUAUCAUAAAAUUUCGGCAUCGAAGGUAGCACCUGUAGGAACGGUAGUGCAUACCUUGAAAGCUACUAUUGAACAGUUGAAUGGUUCUAUCAAUGAUCGGGGAAUAAUUUUUGGAAUACAUGUGGUGGAGGAUACUGCAGUUGCUGACAAAUUGCGUGUCAAUCCGAGUUCUGGAGAAGUGAUCAUUGCUGAACCGCUUAACAACGUCGUUACAAACUUAUUCACAUUGGUUGUAUAUGCUCGUUUCAAUCAAAUGAUCAACUAUGCACUGCUCGAUGUGUCAUUGUAUGCUGAGACAAAAGCGCCACCGAAAUUCGUUGUCUCCGAAUAUUUCACAUCUAUUUCAGAGAGCAUACCGGUAGGAACAACAAUUUUGACAGUGCAUGCAUACGAUCCGAAUCAUAGCAAUAUUGAAUAUUCUAUUAUUGAAGGUAACGAAGACGGUAACUUUGUGAUCAAUGAGUAUAGCGGUGAGAUCAGAACAGCCUCUCCAUUGAUAUCAUACAAUCAUGAAGGAGUAAUGUUGAUUGUACAAGCUAACAUCCAGCAAAAUGAUAGUUUAGCCGAUCGAUGCAAUGUUGCAAUAAACAUACUCGACGAUGAUCUUGGACGUGUCAAUUUUCCUCAAUCAUCAUAUUCUCUAAAUAUACAUGAAUCCACCCCACCCAACACGAUUGUUUACAUAUUAAAUACGGAUAGUGUCACCAGUAUUCGGUAUAGUUUCCGGGAUCCAUGCCCGCUCCUCGCCGUACAUCCCAUUUCCGGAGUUAUCUCUACAAAGUUUGUUACCAGCACUGCAUCAGUUCCGCACACCUGCGUGGCUGUAGCACGAAAUUCGCUUGGAACUGAAGAUUUCAUGGAAUUGAAAAUAAAUGUUAUUAAUGAGAAUCAACAUGCGCCGUACUUUAACAAUACAGUUUAUCAAGGAUACAUUAAUGAAAAUAUGCCGCUAAAUUCAUCGGUGCUAUUGAAGGAUGGUCGUCAAUUACUCGUAAAAGCGAUUGAUCACGACAGAGGAAUUAAUGGGCUUGUUAAUUAUCGUGUUGUUUCACCGUUUGAGCCGUACUUCACAGUGGAUUACAUCUCUGGUGCUGUUUUAACAAAAGCAGAAAUUGACUUCGAAAAAAUAAAAUAUUGGUCAUUUUAUGUGCAAGCAAGCGAUUCUGCACCACAAAUGUUAGCAUCACCUGUUCCAGCGUUAGUUGCAAUAACGGUUGUUGAUAUGAAUGAUAUGCCACCAAUAUUCAUCCAAAAACAGUACAAUGCAACACUUCUUCUGCCAACUCUUAAAGGCACGACAAUAUGUUAUGUGACAGCGGAAGACAUGGACACAGUAGGUGUAUUACGUUAUGCUGUUGUCAUAUCCAAUGAUAGCAAAUUAUUUGCUGUGGAAGAAUUUACGGGGCGCAUUUAUACGAAUGGCAAUAGUUCUGCUGAUUAUGCAAAAAACAAUUAUGAGAUUAAUUUAGUCGUAUCAGAUGGUUUAAAAUCAGAUUUUGCGGUUCUGUCGAUUCGUGUUGAAAAUACUUCUCAGAUUGAAAGUACAAUCAAAUUUUUGAAGACAAACUAUGAAGCAAUGGUAACGGAAAACAGAACAUCUUCUGCAGUGGUUCGGCUAUUGACUGUUAGCGCCAGGAGUACGGUAAACGAUAGUCUUCUGUACAGCAUUUUAAAUCCAAACAACUACUUCACAAUCGGUACUACAUCCGGAAUUAUCAGUUGGACGGGUAUAGCCAUCGACCGAGAAAAAAUACCAGUAGUUCAGUUGAUUGUGCAGGCACGGCGAUUAAGUACCGGUAAUGAACGAGCGCAAAGUAUUGUGACAAUUAAAGUUGAGGACAGAAACGAUUGCGAACCACACUUCAUCGGUCUUCCCUAUGAACUUACCAUUUCACGUGAUGUUCGGCCAGGUGAUAAAGUAAUAAAUGUGAAGGCUAUCGAUGCUGACGAGGGAUUCAACGGUAUCGUUAGGUAUAAAUUAAAAAAAGGUACGAAGUAUUUUGAUAUUAACAAAUAUGAUGGAAAGAUUGUUAUAAGUCAAUCAUUUGAAGAUGCUAACUUCGAUAGUGUUUCACUGGAAGUUAUUGCAGAAGAUCAAGGAGAACCAUCUCUAUCAUCAUCAGUUCCUGUCAUAAUACACAUUGCUGAUCGGAAUAUGCCAAUAAUUGGUAAUCACUAUCAAGAAGCUCAUAUUCUGGAAAAUGUAUCACCCGGUUCUUCGGUGAUAAAUGUUCAUGCAGUAAGCGUUACAGGAGGUAGGAUCGGCUAUGCAAUCAAAUCUGGAAAUGACGAUAAUCGUUUCAAAAUUAACUUCGAUACAGGUAUGAUAAGUGUGCACAAAGUGCUAGACCGUGAGAAGCGUGCUUUCUAUAACUUAACUAUUGUUGCGAUCGACGUCACUCGACUAGGAGUACGGGCAGAGAGUUAUGUGGUGAUAAAGAUUGACGAUAUCAGUGAUACCGCCCCUCAUUUUACUCAACUUUUCUAUAACAUAUCAGUGAGCGAAUCAACAGCCAUUGGUACCCAACUUCUAAAGGUUGAAGCAGUUGAUCCGGAUAUAAAUGAUAAUUACAUUUCAUAUGGAAUUAUUGGUCCAAAUGCUUCAGUGCUUUCUGUGGAUCCUCAAAAUGGUGUUAUAUCACUCGUGAAAUUGCUUGAUUUCGAAACGAAACGAUUGUUUAAAUUUAAAUUGACUGCUUCCGAUUCAAUGCAAUUAACAUCAGAAGCGGAUUUGCUGGUACACGUUACGGAUGCAAACGAUAUUGCUCCGAGAUUUAUUGCAGAAACAUUUCAUAGCAUAGUAGAAAGUGAAACUCCCAUCAAUCAUUUCGUUGCAAAAUUGGAUGCCUCUGAUGACGAUACCAUAUCAAAUCUUGAGGAUGGCAAGCGAUUCCUAUUCUCUAUCAUAGACGGUGAUGAGACUUUGUUGCAAAUCAACCGUUCGACAGGUGUUGUAUCACUUUUACGAGCAGUUGAUGAAGAUGAUCUUAAAAUUGCUAAAAAAAAUUUCAAUAUAUCGGUUAGCGAUGGUAUUUUCACGAAUUUUUGCUUGUUGACAGUGAAAAUUAUCAGAAGUCAAAGUGGGCAACAAUCACCACGUUUUGAAAGAAUGCAUUACGCUAUAAGUGUGCGAGAAAAUAGACCAACUGGUAUGACAGUGAUGACAGUUCGAGCGCAUAAUGGCAUAUCUCCUCUAAAAUAUUCAUUUAGCAAUUGUUACACUGAAAAUUGUUCUGAAGUAUUGAAUAUUGAUGAGACGACGGGUAGAAUUUACACAAAAAAUCCAUUUGAUUAUGAAGCGCAACGUGUUCAUCAUUUUGUGAUUAUGGUUACCGAUACCGCCGAUCGACGCGGUUUUGCUACAUUAACUUUAAAUGUAAUUGAUGAAAAUGAUAACAUCCCGCAAUUCAUCUCAUCAAAUAUCGAAACAUCAGUACCGGUUGAUUCACGUCCUGGCGAAUCAGUCUUUAUGGUAUUUGCUUUUGAUUGUGAUAUUAGCGAUGAACUAGAAUAUAGCAUUGUUAAUAUUGAUGAACCUCGCUCCAAAUAUUUUACAAUUCAUCCGAAACAAGGAUUGAUUAGUGUGCAAGAACCAUUAAAUGAUCUUGUUGGUGAGCAAAUUUCCAUGUUUAUUCGUGUGACAGACAGCGCAAAUCCUCCUCAUCAAAAUGAAACAUCUAUCAUAUUGAACAUCAGUCCGAUUACUCAUCUUCCAAAAUUCUCCAAAUAUCACUUCCUUUUCUCAGUACCGGAAGAUGCGCCUAUUGGAACAGUUGUUGGUCGACUCCAGCAGGAUUCUCAGCUCGAACUUUCGGAUGUAUCUUUUUCGUUGGUUUCAAUGGAUCAUUUAUCAGAUUUCCCGUUUUCUGUGAAGCAAAAAAGUGGACAAAUUGUUGUUAGCACUGGGCUGAAUUACGAGAAAACACGUGAAAUACGUUUCUUGGUGAGUUUGCACUCGGAGAGACAAUUUAGUGCAAAAGCUAUUUCAUUAGUGACCGUAAGAAUAACAGACGUAAAUGAUAACAAACCACAUUUUGAAAGUACCUAUAAACGUGUGAUUAUUCCGGAAGACUUAUCAGUUGGCAGCAGUAUUGCGGUUAUUAGAGCAAUAGAUGAAGAUGCCGUGGGUUUGAAUUCGAAACUUCAAUACAUCUUGGAAGAGGGUGACAACAAUAAUACUUUUAAAUUGGAUCACGAGACAGGUUGGCUUACUCUAUCGAAAGAGGUUGACAGAGAGAUGGUGGAAGAAUAUACGCUAAUAAUUCGUGCUGAAGAUGGAAGUGGACAAAAUACACGGAAGAAGAUAACUAUUAUCGUUAAAGAUGUUAACGAUUCACCUCCGCAAUUCUCACAGCAAAUUUAUUCUGUUCAAUAUUUUAUGGAAGAUUUAAAAAUUGGACAGAAAAUUUUGCAAUUACAAGUUCAUGAUCCUGAUUUGUAUCCGAACAAUAUCACCAAGUUAUAUAUUAUAAAUGGCGAUGAGCAUGGGAUGUUUGGAUUGGAAGUAAACAAUGUUGUGCUUAAUAAACUUCCAACAGAUUUUCAUUCUGUUGAAUCGCAUCUUCUGGUAGUUGCACAUGAUGGAAAACAUACAGCAACAACUGAAAUUACGGUGAAACUACUGCCAAAAUUUUCACAAUUCCAAUGCGAACCGAAAAAAAUUCUUAAAAAUAUAAGUGAAGAUUCGCCGCAUGGCACCGUUAUCAAAAUGGGAUAUCAGAGAUUGCAAAAAUCCUUACAAUUCUAUCUGACCGGAUUAGAAUCUGAUUUAUUUAAUGUUGAGAACAAUGGAACGGUUAUUGUUCGUAAAGAACUUAGCUCACAUAUCUCAAAUCAGAUGGAAUUGUUUCUUCGAGCGGAAACUCCCAAUAGUUUAUGCAUUCAGCGCAUAAUCGUCAACAUUGAAAGAACGAGUAAAGGGAGAGUUACAUUUGCGCAACCUGUUUUUUACGGUACGAUUCGGGAGAAUAGCAAUGCUACUAAAGAGAAAAAAUUAUUCGCAACGAGAGUGAUAGCAACUGUUGGUGAUUUGGAUGGUAUUGGCUAUGUUACAUUUAAAUUUGCAAGUAAUAGUAAUCAGUACAUGGAUUUAUUCGAUAUUGAUAAUGAAACCGGUGUUGUAACAGCGAUUUCGCCUCUCGAUCGUGAAGUUAAGGAUCAGUACAACUUCUCGGUCCUUGCUAUCAUCGCAGCAGGGCAUAGUGCUGAAGCAAAAGUGAUUAUUGAUGUGGGAGAUGUGAAUGAUAAUUCACCUAUAUUUGAGCAGAAUACCUAUCAUUUACGAAUUGCGGAAGAUGAAACACCUGGAAAAGAGCUUCUUCAAUUGAAAGCAUACGAUAGUGAUGACAAGGAAGUUAUCACUUAUCAGCUGCAAGCUUCUGAUGAUGUAGCUAAAUAUCUAAGCAUUGAUGCUAACAGCGGUUUGUUGAAACUAGCUUCUACAUUGGAUUUUGAGAAAUUAGAGAAAUUCUCAAUAACUGUUAUCGCAACAGAUUCCGGAAAGCCUCCAUUAAGUUCAACAUGUGAAAUAGAUAUCGAAAUUUUGGAUGUAAACGAUAAUCCACCACUUUUUAUGCAAUCAAUUUAUAAAGCUACAGUGCUAGAGAAUGUGCAACGUGGUACGAACGUUGUACAGGUAUUGGCAAAUGAUCCGGACAGUGAACAUUUCGGCCGAGUAUCUUAUCUGAUCAUAAAUGAUACGGCUCCGUUUACUGUCGGAGAAGAUGGAUGGAUUACAACGACAGAAAUACUUGAUCGUGAAAUGAAGAGUGCUUACUGUUUGACAGUAAAAGCAGUAGACGGUGGUACUCCAUCUUUGUCUGAUUCCACAACUGUUGAGAUUGAAGUGGAAGACGAGAAUGAUAAUGCUCCUGUUUUAAAACAUUGCAAUAUGACCGCUGUUGUACAGGAAAGUGUUGAACCUGGGCAUGUUAUACUGCCAAUUACUAUUACUGAUAAUGAUAAAGAACCAAAUACCGGUCCGUAUAAAUUGGAAAUUACUGGAGAUGGUGCUUCAUUAUUUGCAUUUGAUAGCAGAAUGAAUUUGAUCACCAUAAAACGAUUACCACCACAUGCUAUAAAAGAAGUUUAUCUUUUGUCGGUGAAAGUUUCUGAUAGAGGUAAUCUAUCAACGGAAUGUCCAAUGACAUUAUUUGUCAAAGAGGAAAGCCGACAUGCACCACAGAGCAAUCCAUUGAAAAUUACUUUGAAUACAUUAAUGGGUGAAUUUUUGGGUGGAAUUGUGGGUAGAGUGAUGGCAACAGAUGAAGACACGACGGAUAUGUUACGUUACUCAUUAGCUGAUAGCGAAAUGAAUGCUAAUAGUAUUUGGUCGAAUCAUCAACACCUAAAAAUUCCAUUCAAUAUCGAUUCAGAAACAGGUGAUAUCAUUGGUGAAGCUGAUCUUCUCUCUGGAACAUACCGUUUCAAUGUUUCCAUAACCGAUGGUAAAUAUAUCACAAUGGUACCAGUUGUGAUUGAUGUAACCUCAAUUGAUCAGGACGCAUUGGAUCAUUCCGUAAGCAUACGAAUUCAUAAUCUUUUGGGGGAAACAUUCUUCAAGAAACACGCCAAGAAUUUCGUACAUUCAUUGUCCAGAUUUCUAAAUGUCAAACCUCAAAAUGUUCAAAUUCUUUCUGUACAGUCUACUUCAACUCAUCAUCAUCUUCAUGUUCGUCACUUGAGCAACCGAACGAUAUCACAGCAAAAUUUGGAUAUCCUUUUCACCGUAUCACGCGCUGAUUCUCGAGGAUAUCAUCGACCAAAUUUCAUUCGACAAAGACUUGAAGAAAAUGUUGCUCAAUUAAGCGAUGAUAUUGGCAGAGAGAUUAUAUCAAUAAUAACGGAAGUCUGUCGAAGGGAUGUAUGCGCUAAUGGUGAAUGUCGGGAUCGUUUAUAUUUGGAUGAUGCACAUAGAGUUUGCUAUAAGACUGAUCAUCAAUCAUUCAGCGCACCCAUCCAUCUCAGGACCUAUGAUUGCACAUGCCGGACUGGUUAUGCUGGAAAGCGUUGUGAUAUACCGGUUGAUAAGUGCAGUCGGGAUCAAUGCACCAAGGAAGAGAUAUGCGUUCCAAUGAAUACAAACAUUGGAUUUGAUUGCACUUGUCCGCCGGGCACUACUGGCGAUCGUUGUGAUACGACCAUUUGCGGUAAAGACAAGCGGGAAUGCAGUCAGGAUGCAGAAAUUGGAAUUGAUGGCAAUGGAUUUUUCCACAUGACCGUUGCAAAUUCGAUAGAACGACGACUGGAAUUAACGAUUAAUUUUAGAACUACGAGCGCAGAUGCGAUUGAGAAACGAUAUGUACAGUAUCGAUGGAAUUGUGGUACUGGACCGGGACUGGUUCGCAUUAGCCAGCAAACGGUCAGUGAUGGUAAAUGGCAUUCUUUGAAGGUAUCGAGGAGAAGUAGGCAUGUGAAACUUGUGCUCGACGGAAUAUACGAAAAGGAAGGUGACAGUCCACAGGGUAGCGAUGUUGUGAACCUUUACCGUCAGGCUAUAAGACUUACUUUUGGUGCUUUGGUCUCACAAUCGGUUGACGAUAGCGCUUUUACAUCAGCAAGCACUCUGAGGCCAGUAGUGACGAGAGGAAUGGUUGGCUGUUUUGGGCGUAUUUCUGUUGAUGGUUAUGAAAUACCGAAGACAAAGCAAAGCCUUUAUCUCUACAAUACUCGCCUAAACUGUAAUGCUAUCGUUAGUGCCCCAUGUGCUUCAGGUCCUUGUGAAAAUGAGGGUACUUGUGUUCCAUCCGGUGAUAAAACCUACAACUGUGCUUGUCUUCCGCGAUAUUCUGGUAGCAAUUGUGAAAUCGAUCUAACACCGUGUGUUUCACGUCCGUGUCCUCGUGGUGUAGAGUGUAUCGAUUUACAUAAUGACUUCUACUGCAACUGUCCGCAUGGUUUCACAGGGAAAACUUGUCAAUUGAGAGGAGAUUGGGAUCCGUGUUUGUCAAAUCCUUGCGGUCAUUUUGGCAAUUGCAUUCGUUUACCUCAUUCAGUCGGUUUCAUAUGUAAUUGCUCCCAUGGAUAUUCCGGAACAGCUUGCAGAGAUCGGUCACCGGAUUUGAUAGGAUAUGGUCGACCACUGAAUGCGAUCAAAAUUAUUGGAUUGAUUAUCGUUAUAUUACUUCUUAUAAUCGUUGCCGCUCUUAUUGUUUGCAUUUAUUUACGCAUUAAAAAAAGUCGAAAACCAUCGAAAGUAAGAGAAAUGGAAUACGAAACGAAUAACUAUAAUCCGCGAUUGUCGAUGUCUUACGAUGGUAUACCACGUAGUGUGACACCAGCGCCACCAUUAUUUCCGCGCUUACACAAUAGCAAUUAUGAGAAAGGUUUGCCAACAGUUCAGGUACGUCCUUUGCCAAUUCAUGAACGAAUAAGUAGCUCAUCAGUUGGUGGUGGUAGCCGAUCUCCUUCAUUAGCAGGCUCGAGUAAAGGUCGAAUUGGUUGGAUUCCAAAAAAGGGAUCGGCAAAAAACUGUGAAUCGGAUCGUUGUAUUGGCACCUGUGAUGAAAUGGAACCGUUAGCCAAUAAUGAAGCAUUGAGACGGUACGGUGAAAUGAUUAUAGGCGGUGAUGAUGAUGAAAUGGCAAGUUGUUCAUCUUCUCAAUUACAACCGGCUGCUACUGAUCGUUUUCGUCGAUCCUCUGGUUCAAAAUAUAAAAGUCGAAUGAAAAGGUCAAGAAAUAUUCCUGCAUUCGAUAAAGCUCCAACAAAGGAAGAUUGGCGUGUGCAAUGUGAAAAACGGAUAAAUGGAGCAUGUGACGCAGCUGCUGAACUACGUGGCGAACGUUUAAAAAAUAAUCCUGGCAUGGAUAGAAAUAUUACAAAUGAUUUUUCAUCAAAUAUGCAAGAGGAUAAUGAUUAUAUGACGAUGCGACCGGUACAUCGCCGAGUGAUAACACAAAAUUCAGAAAGUCAACGGAGACCUUUGUUGGAGACAAGUGAUAGCGAUGGAUCGGACAGUCCUGAUUUCUUAUAUCCGAAUGAAUUGGAACCUUCGCAACGUAGAAAACCGCCACCUCCACCAGCGCAUAAUAUUAGGCGGAAGAAUAAUGAGGUUGUUGCUGGUAGUGGCAUUGUUUCGAAUCGUGUUUAUGAUGAACCGGCUACUGAUGUUACCAACACUGAUAAAAAAUCUUCUAAAGUAGUUAAAAAAUCGCAAUCGACUUCAGAAUUGAUGCAUUCGUUGGAAAGAUUUGAAGAUUUUAGUAACAUCGAUGAUAGUGAUAAUGAUCGAACGGUGAACACAUCCACGUCUUCAAAUGUACAUCAAACAAUGGCCGUCCUCUAA